AUGGUCAAUGGAUUAUUUGGGCUCGCCGCCGGCCUGCUUGCGUUGAGCGGGCUUGCAAAUGCCCACGGCUCGCAUGGAAGUGAACAAGCUACCUCGGAUGAUUGGGCCACGAGGCAUAUGAUCGAGGAACACCACAUUGAAACCUUUGACCCCACCUCAUUCUUCAUCCUCCACGAUUACGAUUCCUCGGGGACAUGGACUCGGGAUGAAGUGCGCAAAACAUACGGCCUCAAUGACGAAUCCAACGAUGGCGUUAGUGAAGACAAAAAACAAGAAGCUGUGCGCGCAGUGUUCCAACUCUUCGACACUGGAAACACAGGGUUCAUCGACCGGAAUGACUGGCUGGCGGGCAUUGCGGCUGGUAAACGGUUGCCCGAUCUCGGUUAUGGUCCUGGACACCAUGGCGAUAUUGAGUAUGAAUAUGAGAUUCAUCACUUUGAAAAGUACCAUGGCGAUGAUACCACAGAGGAGGAUUUGACUCAUCCUGAGGAUAUUGAGCAUUUCCGCAAGCACGACGAGGAGGAGGAUGCUGCUCUUCGGCUCGAGAAGCUAGAGCAGAUCCAAAUUGUCGAGAGCAAUAUUCCUCAGAAGUUCCGUCGGAAUUUCUAG